AUGACUUCCGAAAAAAGUGAUUCCAAGGCAUGGUAUGAUGAUGAUGUUGAUGAAAAAGCAGAAUCAAAGGUUAAGAUUGAAAAUUGCGAUAUUGAUUCUAUCAAAAUAGAAUCGAGUAUUAAAAAUGAAAGCUGCGAUAUAGAUUCAGUCAAAACAGAAAAUGAUGAUUUUUUAUUAAACCCCGAUUCUAAUAUAUCUGAAAAUAUUGAUGUUACACGUAAAAGAAUCCGAAAUACGAGUCCAGAUUCCAAAACAGUACGACUUUUACGUGACCGAAAAAACAGCGAAAAUAGUGAAUCUAAUUCUAGCACAUCAUCUGAUCACAAAAAAAAGAAAAUAGAGUAUGAAACGGAACCCAGCAUUCUAGCACGCCGACAAAAAGAAAUUGAUUAUGGAAAAAACACCAUUGGAUAUGAUAGAUACAUACAAAUGGUUCCAAAAAAUGAAAGAACAAAGGAGCAUCCUAAAACUCCGCCAAAACAUGCUAAGUACAGCAGAAGAGCUUGGGACGGUAUGGUAAGGCUUUGGCGAAAACAACUUCAUCAAUGGGAUCCAUCUGGCGAAACAAAUGAGAAUUCUGAAGAUUCAUCCUAA